GCGUGUGAAGAUCAAGGUGAAUGGCAGCCGGAACUCGGAAGGUGAUACCGCUACGUGCUCUGAGCGGCUAACAGCUCCCCAUCGGAGCAGUAGCCGGCAACAGUCGCUAGCGGGAUAGCGGCCAGUGCGCCGGCUUCUGGGCUGCUGUUAGCUUUGCCUUCCGACCUGAGUAGCCAUGCGUGCUGCUGGCUUGCUGCUGGUAUUGCUGCAUUCGGUAGCCGCGGUGCUGCCGCCCAUAAUGUCCAACUCCCUUGGAGACCUCCUGAGAGCAGCCUCCGACACCUGUGAAAAGCUACCGUUGGACAUCAUAUCAUCUGUACAGAAGUUGUCAGAUCUAAAUGUGAUAAUGUUCACCAGAACUGGCAAAAAACAAUACGCGCUGAAUGCGGCGCCCGCACACCUGCCGCGCGUCUCCUCCCCCGACGUUCCGCUCACCGUGUUCAUCUCGGGCUGGUGGAACUCCCCGCAGGAUGAAGCCGCGCGAGCCGUGGUACGAGCGCUGCUCACCGCUGCUCCCUACGUGUUGGUAUUGGAUACCCGCGUGCCUUUCUCCCGCGGCUACGUGUCCUCGGCUGCACUAGUGAACGCAGUAGCGCGCCGCCUGUUCCGACUUAUCAGUGGAGCAGCGGCGCGUGGACAUGACCCAGCCCGCACGCAUCUAGUGGGAUUCAGCCUGGGCGCUCACGUGGCUGGCAUAGCUGGUGAUCUGGUGCGGCGUCGGCUCAACGCUACCAUUGGUCGGAUCACAGCACUCGACCCUGCACGGCCUUGCUUUGCAGGCGCGGCGCGGCGAAGAUUGACGAGGGACGACGCGCGCUUUGUCCACGUGGUGCACAGCAGCGCCGGCGUGGUGGGUCUGGAAAGUGCGGUGGGUCAUGCCGACGUGUACGUUAAUGGGCUGGAGGGCCGGCUGCCAGAGUGCCGCGCACGUCCUGUGCCGCUCGAGUGCGAGCACGCGGCAGCCUGGAGACUAUACGCCGACUCAGCGAAGACCGCGAGCGGAAAUGGGCUGCUAGGCCGGCGCUGUCGCGACUGGGCCGAGUUACAAAGCGGCCGGUGUGACGGUGAGCCGACAAACCUGGGCUUCGGGUGCCGCGACGACACGCGGGGACUCUUCAUGUACUCGCCUCCCAAAGAGGAUACCAACUUGAAAGUGUUUAAUUUGUUCGACGUGAACACUUGGUUUAGUUGAAACAUUUACUGAUGGCGUCGAGCCAUGUUAUCGAAGUAAAUUUUCUCAAUGAUGGAGAUGGAAAGAGAGCAGCAUGUCCUAUGGUAGGUGAGCACCGGCCUGCAGAGGCAUAGCAAUAGUGCCUAUGUGACUUUUCAAAUACUUGAAUGAAUCAAUCCUAAUUAUAAAGUAUGAACUACAUAUAACCCCUCAUUCAUAAUGGUCCGCUAACUUAAAACAGCCGCUAAGGAGUGUUAUUUCUCAUUCUCACUUAGGUCAAUAGAAGAAGACAGAAUGAGAAUUAGCAAUGCUUAAAGUUAGCAGACUAUUAUGAAUAAGGGGGAUAAAGUUUAAGUAUUAGUGUUAUUCCUGCCGCCGAAUUCCAUCUUCACGACACGCCACAAAUUAGGAUCCCACCAUCUGGAUGUGUGUCGUUCCUCCACCGUGCGGUUUACAAGAAAUUUUCUUUCACGUACAACCAAGCUGUGGAAUGAGCUUCCUUGUGUGGUGUUUCCAGGACGUUACGACAAAGUGACUAACAUAUUAUCGCCAGUGUAAGACGUAGCUUGUCAUGCACACUAAAGUACUUAUCUUAGCCUGUUUUCAUGCGUUGCCUAACAGCACGAGACUCUAUCUUGACGUAUAAAUUGUCUAAGAAUGUUAAAUAAUAUUAAGUUUACUAAUAUAGCUCUGAGAACAGUACUUUAUUGAUAAUACAUAUUUGUGCUUUCCGACACGUACUUACUAUAUCGAAACGUGACUGCUAUGCGCUGUGGACGGAAUAAUAAAUCAAAUCAAAUCAACAUCGGACUGUAGAUCUGUUUCUAGAUAAGUUUCGAGUGCAACAAGCAGGUCUCGCUAGAUACAUCAGACUGCAAUCUUAAAAUUAUAACUCAUUGGUACAGGCCGAUAUCCACUGAAAUUUUGUAGCUAAAAUUUUUUAAUUCUUUAUCGCGACCUCACCAAAUGGCCAAAUGGAAGACAAGCGCUGUUUUUCAAACUAGCAAACAUGUUGAGUUGGGACCAUUUUUUAACAUAAAGAAAUAAUGUUCCAGUGUUUUUAUUUAGGUAUUAUUUGUCGCUUUCAUAUUUAAGUCUUUUGUAUUCACGUUUCAAAUAACACUGUUUCUUCCUUUUCUUUCUUUUUCAAUAAGCAAGAUUUUUCUUAUAGGCUCCUUUGCACAGGAUGCCAGCUAGAUUACGGGUACCACAACGGCGACUAUUUCUGCCGUGAAGCAGUAAUGUGUAAGCAUUACUGUGUUUCGGUCUGAAGGGCGCCGUAGCUAGUAAAAUUACUGGGCAAAUGAGACUUAACAUCUUAUGUCUCAAGGUGACGAGCGCAGUUGUAGUGCCGCUCAGAAUUCUUCGUCCCUUAUUUUCAUUAAAAAAAAGUCUGGGUACAUAGAUCUCAGUCUAAGACAUUCGCAGUAGUUGGUACUUGCAGUUGGCACGAUUUCCACCAGGAUGCAGUUCUCCGGUCCUUCUCUAUAUAAUUAAUCCGUAUUACGUACAGAAUAUAUUACUGACAGAGCGUAUUAAUUGUAAGCGGUUCAUUGAACAGUAAGCCGUUAGACUGAUGGCUGUGCGCAAUACAUUUAUUUAUAGAUAGGCAUUAUGUUAUUACAUUGUGUUUAACUUUAUAAUUUACCAUUAUAAAACUGUAAAUACAUUAAUGUUAAUAAAUAUUUGUUUGUGGA